AUGUACGCCGUUGUGCCCGCUAAGUCCACCGCCACCGCGGAAGAAGUCGGCGCCGCCGGCGCCGAGCGUGUCGCCGCAACAAGGGAGACGAGCACCGUCGGCGCCCGACUCGCGGCCGUCUGCGACAUGACCGAGGAGCAUCCCUACGCGGGGACACCCAUCAGCGCCAGGCACGCUGCCGCCAUCUCCGCAAUGAUCGACGACGUCGCAGCGACGGCUGCCGAGGGUGCCGACGGGAGGCCGACGAGGACAGGCCAGCGGAAACAGCGCAGCAUGGGCAGCGCCUGCCGGUACGAGGAGGUCUGCCGGCUCGGCGAGGGCGAGUUCAGCGUCGUCGCCAAGGCGCGCCACCACGCCACAGGCCAGGUCGUCGCAGCGAAGUCUCUAAUAAAGAGCAGCGACGGCGACGAUGACGACCAAGACGAAGGCGUCUGCGACCUCCUGCGGGAUGCCUGCUUCAUGGCGGCCUGCCGGGGCGAGCCCUCGCACGUCGGCCUCCACGGCAUCGCGCGCGCACCGGGCACGGGGGACUACUCCCUCGUCAUGGACUUCGUCGGGCCGACGACCCUCCUCGAUGUCAUCGGGCGGCGGCCGCGCCAGGACGGGCCGUUCCCGGAGGCCGACGUGCACCGCGUGAUGCGGCAGCUGCUCGCCGGAGCCGAGGCGAUGCACCGGCGCGGGAUCGUGCACCGGGACAUCAAGCCCGAGAACACCCUCGUCGGCGACGGCGGCGCCCUGAAGAUCUGCGAUUUCGGGGCGGCCAAGUACGUGGGCGAGCAGGACCCGCCGUACCUGGUGAUCGGGACGAUGACUUACAUGGCGCUGGAGGCGCUGCUGGAGAACCCGGACCACGACACGCUCGUGGACUCGUGGUCGCUUGGGUGCGUGAUGGCGGACCUCCUCGCCGACGACAAGCUGUUCCUAGAGGUAGGGGAGGACAUGGACAUGACGGGCCAGCUCUACCAGAUCUUCGACGUGCUCGGCGUGCCGGGCAAGAGGGCGUGGCAGUCGCUGAAGCCCAGCCCGGAGCUGGCCGACAAGGUGCAGCAGUGGAGGGCGCGGCAGCGGCGGGUGGGGCACCGCAACCGGCUCCGCGACCUUUUCCCGGAGGAGGUUCUUUCCAAGGACGGAUUCGAGGUGCUGAGAGGGCUCCUGACCUGUGAUCCCAAGAAGCGACUGACUGCGGCAGCCGCACUCCGGUGCCGGUGGUUCACCGACAACGUGGACGAUGGUCCUCUUAUCAUCCCUGGUGCUGCUCCUGGUGUUUGGAAGGCCGGCACCGCCAUGGCCACGACGGUGUGGUCGCAGGUCGUGGCAUGUGUUGGACGUGCGCUAGGAUUGCUUAGGCCGAAGGCUUUGUUGAACCUGACCAUGUAA